AUGAUUAAUACAAUAAAUCUUAUUCCAAACAAAAUUCAGAUAGACAAAUUAAAACCUUAUAAAAAAGAUAUGAAUAUAAUUAAAUCUUUAUCUCACAUUGGAAUAUCAUUUAUUGAAAAUGAAGAAAUACAAGAACUAGAAGAUAAUGAUACAUUUAUUUGUGAGAGUGAUCAAAUUCUAUUUUCUACAUCUAACAAUGAAGAAGAAAGCUUUCUUCAGUUUCAUGUUUACGACAAAGAAAAUGACGAUUUUGUUAUUCAUCAUGAUGUGUUUGUGUAUUCCUCUAUAAAUGAUGCUGAAUAUUUUUAUAAAAAUGAUAAACAUUUUAUUGCUUUAGCUACAUUUGAAAAAGAUGUUAUGGUUUACGACAGCUGUAUAUUUAAUCCAAUGGCACCGCAAAUAUUACUAAAAGGGCAUGAAGAUCAUAUUAUGUGUGUUAAAAAAUUUGGAGAAAAUUUAUUUUCUGGAAGUGAAGAUAAAAGUAUUAUUGAAUGGGAUAUUAUAAAGGAAACACCUUGUAAUUUUUAUAAAUUAGAUCUUGUGCCCGAGAAAAUAUGUAAAUCAAAUAAUCAUAUUUUUUACACUGACGGAACAACUAUUAAGAGUUCUACAUCUGAUUUACAUUUUUCUUGUUAUGAUCGCAUAGAAAACCUGAUAGCAUGUGAUAAUAUGAUUUAUGUAUCGAAUUCAACAGGAGAUUUUUUUAGUUUUGAUCUACGCGCAUCUAAAUCCCCUUAUUUUAGUAAUAAAUACGUUGAAAGUGCACUUACUGGAAUGGAUUUAUUAAAUAAUAAAAUUGCGUUAUGUUCAAAAAGUGGAGAAAUUUUUAUUUUAGACUUGUUAGACUACGAACUAAAAAAUUCUGAAAAAAUUAAAUCUGUAUUGUAUUCUAUCAAAUUACAUGAAGAUAAUCUAAUAUUUUAUGGUGAUGAAUCAGAUACAUUGCAUUUGAAAAAGUUAAAAAAUAAAGUUUUUUGA